UGCGCUGACACACACAGUCUCUUUGUUGAUUAUUACUGGAGGAACUUAUUGAACAGUUUUACUUACUCAUUGACUCUGAGGGAACCAUGAACAGUCUGGUGGAAAGAGAGGACAACCAAUACAGUCCAAUACACCUCACUGGGCUCGGAAUAAGUUGCCUCCUCAGUCCCAAACACCGCCACGAUGGGCCUGGCCUGGAGAGCCCACAGCAGUACACCAAAUGGCCCAGCCGCCACGAGGCCAGCCUGCUGCCCAUGAGAGAGGACCUGGCUCUCUGGCUCAACACGUUUCUGGACUCUGGGGUCACGGCUGACAGCCUGAUGGACAGGCUGGAUAAUGGAGUUCUGCUGUGCCAGCUGGCCCAGGAGCUACAGGAGAGGAUGAUCCAAGCCAGCAAUGGCAAGCCCUUCAUCCGCAGGGUGAUUCAUUGGCGAGCUGAUGCUACUUCUGGCUCUUUCUUUGCCCGGGACAACACUGCCAACUUCCUCUACUGGUGUCGGAAGAUUGGUGUGGAUGAGACCUACCUGUUUGAGUCUGAAGGUUUGGUGCUCCACAAACAGCCUCGGGAGGUGUGUCUCUGUCUUAUGGAGCUGGGAAGGAUUGUAGCCAGGUAUGGUGUGGAGCCCCCAGGGUUGGUGAAGCUGGAGAGGGAGAUAGAGAGGGAGUCAUCUCCAUCCCAACCCUCACCCUCUCCCUCACCUAAGCCCAUGGCGCGUCAUCCAAGCAAAUCAUCUGCUAAGAAGAUGCCAAGCACAUGCAACUUGUUGGAUGACAUUGUGAGGAACAUCAUCGAAGACCUGCCAUGCAGCUGCCCCACCAAGUUCCCUGUGGAGAAGCAUCCUAAAGGCCGCUACCGUGUCGGGGAGAAGGUCCUCUACAUACGGAUGCUGAAUGAGCGUCAUGUGAUGGUGCGCAUCGGGGGCGGCUGGGAGACCUUGGGAUGUUACCUGCUGAAGCAUGACCCCUGCCGGAGUCCACCGGUGACCCCGGUCAGGACCUGUCGGGCCAAAGGCAAGUCCCCCAACAUGAAGGACCUCUCACCACUGUCAUCAGACAGCUACAUGGUGGUGGGUGCACACUACCGUGCCAAGAAAUAAAACAUGAAUCUGUUCAACGAUGUACCAUAACAGAUAACUGACACCACAACCUAGCAAUGAAGCUUCCUGGUUAUGCUGAGCAUAUCAAUGUUUUUUUCUGGAGAUGUAUUUGAAUGAAAGCUAUUGCCUAGUGACUAAAGGUAUAUCUCUGGUAAAUUGGGUUUAGUGGCUCACAUGUACAGUGGGGAAAAAAAGUAUUUAG